AUGAUGAUGUUAAAGGACAUUGCUGAAUUUCAAGCUCAAGUCGAUAUGAGAAAGGCAUUUGAGCAAAUGAAUCCCAUUGCCAAUUUAAUAGUAAAGCCAUUCAAGAAAUUGUUGCGUCUGAUUGAACUCACGGGGAAAAUUAUUGAUAACUAUUACAUCUUCACUCUUCUGUUGCCUCUGGGCCUUGCCAUCUAUCUCGUCUAUAUACUAUAUUUUGACGUCAACAUCUACAUUAAUGCGGAGCGUCGUUAUUUAAAGAAAAUGCGUUCAUCUGGUAUUUUAUUGAAAUGGUUUUAUUAUGUGAUGCACCUGCUAAAUGUGAACAUAUUUUAGUUAGUUUUCAGUAAUAAAAAAUUGAAGUUGUCUGUACACAA